AUGCAAGGACUCAAGCAGCAGUUGGUGCAGCAAGUGCUGCAGCAGAUGCUGCACCAGCAGAUGUGGCGGCAGCAGCUGCUGUGGCAGAAGCAGCAAUCGCUCAAAGCCACACUGCAGGAGACGCUGCGGCAAGUUGUGGCAUUGGUGAUGUGGGGCUUCAGCAGCAACAGCAGCAAUAGCGCUUUCACUCGCCGCAACAGGCAAGCAGCAGAGGGAACUUUUUGCACAAUCAUUCUUGUAAAUUUUGGCAAUGAAAACUUGUUUGUUGAGUGGCGAGCAGCCCUGCCACCCGAGCAGCAAGCGGAGCAACAGCAGCAGAAACAGCAGCCCGCUUUUCCUGGCAGUGUUGUUACCGGAAUUGUGACUGCGAGCUAUGCGGCUUUUUUGUUGGCUCUGUCAAGUCUUACAGUGUCGCAGCUGCAUUUCGUGCUGAAGUGGGUAGUGCUGCAGCAGCAGCAUCAGCGGCAGCAGCUGCAGCAAAGCAGGCAGCAGGCAGAUCCGCGCUCCUUCAUUAGCAUCAAAGGCGAGACGACGUCAGAUGCAUCGGCGAAAGCAGUUAAAAGAUUAACAACAAAUGCAGCUUCAGCAAGACCAGCGACAGCAGCAAAAUGUGCUGCCCGGGUCAGCAGCGUUGGCGUUGCAAUGAGGCAACCGCAGCAAGUACAGCAACAACAAAAAAACGAACAGCGGCAGCAUCAGUUGCCUCAUGCUCCUCUGGUAGAUGAGCGUGUGCAUGACUGUGCCGCCGUGAGUCGCCAUUUCGCAUGCGUUUCGCAGCAACCUCUGCACGAGCAGCAGCAACAGAAGCAGCAGCAGCGACAGGGGCGUACAGGCGGGCAGCAGCCAGAGAGGUGUGCUGUGUCAGUUCUAUCUGGCUCGGGAUCGAAAUCAGCGCCUCGUAUUUUUGCUGCGGCUGCUCUUCUGCUGCCUCUCUUCUGCCUUCCUGCCACGACACCCGCAGAGGCAGCAGCAGUAAGUACUCUGGCAGAGCUGCCAGCUGCAAGACUCGUCUUGGCGAAGACAGCAGCAGGCGCUGCAGCAGCAGAAGGGGAAAGGUUCUGCCAAGCGUAUGGUGGGCUUGCUGCUGAGUCGCUAAUCUUCGCAGCAGCAGCAAGAAGUACAAGGCCAUCAUCAGCAGUAGUGCAUAAUGCCUCCGCUGACUCUGCUGGUGCUCCUGCUUCCACAGUUGCGAAGGGAGGGCAGGGCAACUCUACGGAACAUAGCGUGCUGCAAGCUCAGCAGAAGCCACAGCAAUAUAGUGGAAAAGAACAGUCCGCGGCUUCCGCUCAUUCCGCCGCUACUGCCGGUGGGGAAGCUGCGUGCGAGCCUUGGCUUUCCAACGGCGAGAGCCCUGUGUGUCUGCUGCAGUUUCCUCUUAGCGCAGACAAUGCGGCAGCAGUGGCUCUCAUAGCUGUUCUCUGUAUUUUCGGUAUUAUUCACUUGAUGCGAAUAUCUGCUGGUUUUAUCAAGGGCUGUCAGUGCCGACUGUGCAAGGGAGACUACACUCUUGUUAGAAAGGUGGGCUACGUUGGAGAGUUUAUACACCAGGAGCCUUCGUUCGGCCGUGUGGAACGUCAGACAUAUUUCAUGCUGUUGAUGGAGUUUUGCCCCCUCGGCGAUUUGAAGCGACUCAUAGAGCGCCGGUACAGAGCCCUUACGGAGCGCAGAAUCCGCCGUUGGCUUUUCCAGCUAGUACAGGCCGUCCAUUACUUACACGAAAGGAAUAUACUGCACAGAGACAUAAAAAGCCAAAAUGUGUUUUUGUCCGAAGACUCUCAUAUUCGUCUGGGGGAUUUCGGCCUCUGUCGCUUUGCUUCGCCCCCCAAAGUAAGCAUGCAGCAGCAUACGGUCAUGAAGUUGAUUGACUCUAGCACGCUGACGCAGCAAGAGGAGCGGCAGCAGCUGCGGCUGCUGCAGUUGCAGAUGCAACGGAGCGCUGAUACGUCACCUGAGAGAAUAGAUGAGCAGCAGGGCCCGUGGCCGCUGGCUGCUGCUGAUGCUGCUGCCACUACUUCACAGAAGCAGAGCACAGGAGGCCGCUUUGCUGAAACAGGACAGAACUCGCAGCUUCAGCAGCUGCAAGUUCAUCAUCGCAAGGUGGUGGGAGCAAAGUCAGCAAGAGGAGGCACGCUGUGGCUCGCAUCUACACGGACUCUCAGCAAGGUGUGGAAUGUGCUUCUUUAUCCCGUUUCGCUUUUGCUGCAGCUUAUCCGCAGCAGCAGCAUAGGCCUCAGCUUCAGCAGCAGGAAGCGCAGCGAACGCGGCAGGGGUGAAUGGUGCAGCAAAGAGUCCACUUGCAGCGACGGCAAGGGUAGCGUGUACACGUGCACCAGAAAUGCGGCGACAGGGGGAGGUGUAGAUACACCUGGCAAUAGCUCCUUGCUAUCAGUAGCGGGCACAGACUGCUACAUGGCCCCUGAGGUCAUUCUAGGAGCCAAAUACGGAAAGCCAGCCGACAUCUGGAGUUUAGGCUGUGUCAUGCUGGAGUUGUGCGGGGGUGUUUUCAUGUGGGAGCUCACAAGUCCGCCAUCUCAUUUGCUACUACAGGAUGAUAGCCCCCAGCAGCAAGAGCAACUCGAUUUGCUGCUAGAUUCUCUGCUGCCGAAAAGGGUCAUUGGCGAGCCGUUCGCGACGUCUCCUUCCCUCACACUGCAGCAGCCAGAGCAGCCUGAGCAGCACCCCGACGCGAACCUUUCUGCACCGCCAGCAGCGGGGGAGAAGCAAGUAGAGCUCGACCUGUCUACUGUGGAGGCUUCCAGCUGGGCCUCUGUUUAUUUGCGCAAGACAGGAGUGGCACUUUGUGGCGACAGAGAAUUGACAAAGAGUUGUCACUCGUCCCCUUCAUCAGCUCUUCCCUCUGUCCAUUUGCCAGCAGAAUCUACAGAAGACAGUCUGUCUGCUGCAGACUACACUUCUCCUUUUGCGACUUCUGCGGCCGUGGCGCCUGCUCAUAUCACGGCUGCGAUGGCUGCAGCUGCGGAGGCGGAAGCACUUCAUGGGGUGCAAGACAAACAAAAGAGUGAGCAACGAGUGCGGCAAAGGAGAAAGCACCACAGAACAACGGCGGCGGCAGCGGCGGUGGCAGCAGCAGCUGCAGCAGCAGUUGAAGAAACAGCAACGAGGCGUGCUGCAGCUGCAGCUGCCAAGGCAGCCGCAGCGACUGUUGCAUCCAUACCAACCAGGUUCAAGCUGUUGAAGAAUCGGCGAGCAGCAGCAGAUUCAGCAGCAGAAAAGGCAGUGAAAGCCACAGCUAGAGCAGCGGCGAGGGCUGCUCCAGGCCUCUUGAACAGAGCAGACUCUCGCCCAGAGUGA